GGCAGGGAGGCGCCGCAGGUUAGCAGGCAGCUAAGCGAGUCGGAGCCGCCUGAACGCCGCAAAACUCAACCGUUUAUCCGAAUUCAACACAACACACGGCGAUACCAUAUGAUUAAGUUUUUAUUUUUUUAAUUAGAUAAAAUGUCUACCCCAGCACGACGGCGUUUAAUGAGGGACUUUAAGCGACUGCAGGAGGAUCCUCCAGCAGGAGUUAGCGGAGCCCCAUCAGAAAAUAACAUCAUGGUCUGGAACGCUGUCAUUUUUGGGCCAGAGGGGACGCCUUUUGAAGAUGGAACUUUCAAACUUACAAUAGAAUUCACAGAAGAGUAUCCAAACAAACCACCCACAGUCAGAUUUGUUUCCAAAAUGUUUCAUCCCAAUGUUUAUGCAGAUGGUAGUAUAUGUUUGGAUAUUCUUCAGAACCGCUGGAGUCCAACAUAUGACGUGUCUUCAAUUUUAACAUCUAUACAGUCGCUAUUGGACGAGCCAAACCCAAACAGUCCUGCCAACAGUCAGGCAGCUCAGCUGUACCAGGAGAACAAACGAGAGUAUGAGAAGCGUGUGUCUGCCAUUGUGGAACAGAGCUGGCGGGAUUGUUGACCCCAAACAGUACACGGUGUAUGGACAAUAGUUUCUCAGCUAUUGAGAGGAAAACCCAUCACGUAAAAAAAUUUAAGUAUAUACACAUUGUUUUGAAUACUCAUCUUACCCUGUAGAGAUGUCUGCUCUGUAGCUGUUGCAAGGUUAGAGUGCUGUUGUGUCAUGGCCUUUCCCUCUUCACACUGAAUCCGGAUCGUGGACAUGGAUGUUUAUUAAUUUAACCGAAUGUACCUUGCCAUCUCAAGGUCACAAGCUUUUCUUUGAUUUUUGUGUGAAAGCCUUGAUCUCUGAUGCUGUUUAAGUUUGGUUUGAUCCUGUACUGUGAGCUGAUUGCAUUAGAUUACUAACUGGAUGUAAAUGGAUGCUCAGGUUGGGUUCCAGUGAAUCCAGGUCUUUUCAAGAGCUCUGCUUGCAUCGUUUGGUUUCUUUCUGGAUUUGUUACAAAGUAUGUGUUCUUUAGUCCAGUUUUAACAUCAACAUGGUGUUUGAGGAAGAAGGAUAGUAUACAGAAUUUUCUGUGUCAAUAUCUUUAUUUUUAAAUUUACAGACAUCACAUAAGCUGAACUGUUUAUAUUUGAGGCUGAUGUGCUAUGAUCUUUUAUUUAAUUAAAAAGGGAAUUGCUUACUACCUUUUAAUUUUAAAUAAGUUCUUGUAUAAAGCAAGUGUUACUUAUUUUUUUAAAAGGCUGACAAGACAUUUGUUUGUCCUAAUCUAGGAAGUCUUUAUCCCCACCGUAGAAUCUGAAAUAGUGGUGAUGUAUUGCCAGACUAGUGACUUGGACUUGUUAUAUUCCUACUGCAUGAUUAUUUGGUGAUUUUAUUUUUUUUCCUUGAGUUCUAAUUUAAGUGCAGUCUUUUUCCCCUAUACACCCUGGAUCACUUAUUUCACUGUCUGGGCAUGAUGCUGUUUGCUUUUAUGCAAUAUUCAUUUGAAUUUUUUAGGGUCAUCAUUGUUCAAAUGCACAUCAAGUUUGAGUUGGAUUUGUACUUGUACUCAAUGUAAGAAACUGUACAUUUUCUCACUUCUUGUAAAUAAACAGUAAAUUAAUCUCA